AUGCUGCAAUUGAAUCCGGAAGACGGUAUUCUUCAGGCCACCGCCUCACCAGAGCAACACGAGCAGGGAAGCGGUGCACAGCCCGAAAAUGUGGAGCACAAAUACGACAUUCAGCUUCCGGCAAAGACAGUGAGACAGACGAAGAUACCAUUUUUUACCGUCUUCACGGUCUGCCAAUCUGAUGCAGACCUCCCAGCUCUCUUCGUCACCAGUCCCAUUCGAAUCCCACUCGAAAUGCCCAUUUCAGCUCGUUGGGCGACUCGGCUCGAGCCUACAGUCCCGUGGGACGAUUCGUUGAGGUGUGGAGGACGCGAAUAG